GUACAAGAGGAUAUUCUGAUGGACGCUCCUGCAUGUGGAGCAGAUCCCAGGAUUCCAUGUGUCCUGUUUGUUUACAAUGUUUCUCGUGAAACUGAGAAUCUCCGCAAUGCUCAAAAAUGGGUUCAAAAGGGAGUAUGGUUAUCACAGUUGGCUUGAUGGCUAGUGUGUGGUUCAGAAUAAGGCCUACAGCACAGAUUUGAUUCCCAUUCCAGCUGAGGUAGACUUGGGACCUGGCUCCUCCCCAGCAAACUACCAGUGCCAGAACUGCCAAGAACAAAGGCUGAGGAAGAAGCACCAACAGUGAAUCGGGGAAUACAAAGGGAAGACAUAUGUGCCGUGAUCCUGCUGGAAAAGGCUUUGAAAGAACACGAUAAGCCGGUAGAAGUAGAUCACCAAGGUGUGUUUGAUGAAAAAAACUGCAGUUGGGUGAAUUCUCUGGAGACAGGAGAGGUCUCUUUCUUCCGGAAGACUCCGUGACAAAGCUCGGCAGGGGCCCAGAUACCAGAGCGCAACGGAGUAAGUCACUCAGAGCAUCAGAUGGAGACAACACAAUCGAAGUGAUCACUGAUGUCUGGACGUGUUGCUGAGGAACUUGUGGGGAUCUAUCUUGGUUGCAUCUGCCAUUUGAUGAGCAGUGUGGUCUGGUCUGGGACUGUAACAGCUGUCAAGCUGGUGAAGCUUGCGUGCCAAACAGAGGAAACAGCAUGCUCAAUGAACUUGGGGUCCAGCAGAUCAGUGCAAAAGUGAAGUGUUAUGGUGAAGGAAGCAUACAUGAAGCUAUUCUGAAAAAACUAAACAUUUCUGGACAUGAUGGAGGGCCAGGGGUUCCAUGUAUUCUGUUUGUCUACAAAGUGUCUCGCGAGAACGAAGAUCUCAGAAAUGCUCUACGAUGCAUCACAGAAAAUGGGACAACACAAAAGGAAGACAUUUUUGUCGUGUUUCUGCUUACCAAGAUUUCAAAGAAUUGCAAAGAUGUGGGAGAGGAGAAGAUAACAGGACUGGAUUUAUUUCAUGAAGAUACAAAAGUUUUCCGCAUUCUUUGGAAAGACACAAGUGGUUUUUGGCCUGGUUUCAGUUGCCCUGAAGCGAUUCGAACAGUCACUGAGAAAAUCUGUCAAAACAACAUGAGAAGUCAAGGCGUUGGCCAAAGGGCCAAUAUCUGGCCCAACGUUUUGAGACUUGGGCUGGUCCUGGGGUCGAUCCGGAUGUUAGCGCUUUUGGCCAGGCUUAUUUGCCGGCCUGUUGCCUAACGUUAUGCCUGGAUUUAGCUGCCUCAAUUAUUUUCUCCCUCAACCGUUUCUCUUUUCUGCCUUAAAAAUUUUGCUGCUUUUGCCCAAGUUUUGUUUGCCUAUACUAAACUUGCUAUGUGGCUCUGAUUUAAUGUGGCUAUGAAGCAUUUUUUUGAGGAGGAGAGAGAAUGAUUGGAAAGGGGGCAUGUGAGGGGCAAAGAUAUUUUCUCCACAUCAGGGGCACAAUUCGAUGUGAGUUUUACAGGUGUUUUCCACCUUUAAACAAUUGUACUGUAAAGAAUAGUAGUAGCCCUUGAGGGGUUGCAAGUGCAUGUACAUAAUGGAGGGGGUCAAUGCCCUAUUCUCUAAGCUGGCCUCACAAACUAUAGAAAUGAGCCUUGUGAGUCCACAUGGUCAGUCAGCUGCUGUAUCCCUCAUCUGAUCUCUUGGUUAUAUUGUAAAGCUUUUAGCCCUUCCCCCAGAGCUGCUGUCCCCUGCUGAGCUUGUGCCUGACUUCCUGGUUCCGCUCUUUUAUUAGCUUCAGCCUGCUUCCUGACCAGAGAUUCACCCUCCCGGGCUGCAGGACAUUUCAUUGCUGCUUCUGGAUCUUAUGGGUGAUCUCAAACUUCACCGUCAUCUUUCUACCUUCAAUUGAUUCCCUGCGACUCCUUGAUUGUUGAAAUAGCUCUAUCCAUAUCUCCUUCAAUUAUUCUUACCCUUCAAAUUGCUCCUGGGAUUCACUUGCUAUCCUAAUUGUUUUACACCUCCCUCCUCUGUCAUGCUCUCCCUGCUGUUCAAGUGCUUAGUUUAUGCCUCUUUCCUUACCCUCAGUUUUUUCUUGUCUUUGUUCAUCCACAGUAUCUUAAUGUUAAGUUCUUGUUUUGUACGAACAUUAUUUUCCUGAAUACUCUGAAUACCGUUGCUGUUCUACAUCAUUGCCGAUAUUGGUGUCUAUUUUAUUUUCCCAAGUUCUAUUGUCCACCCCUCAAAAUCAUCGUUUUAGCAAUCUUUUAACCUGAUUUUUAUCAUGCUUAUGUCCUUUUCAAUUAUUAUCAUAAGGCAUAAUAAAUUAUGUUCACUGCU